GUGACGCACCGAUCACUACGUCAUCCAGCGAGAUUCUAUAAAUUGCAUAUCGUCCACAAACUGUUUCCCUAACUCUGAUGUCCGAGUAGUGGACGGCGCAUGCGGGUCUCGGCUCCAAUCAUAAUUUUUCUAAUAUCCUAUCGCUGAUGUAGCGGAGGUGGUUUCCCCGGUAACCCGCAUACUCAGCACCCGCAGCCCGGGACAGCUCCCUCCUCAUAGAACCGCUGGAUACAGAAACUAACAGCAGGAUACAGGUACAAACAGCUGGAUGCCGAGACAAAGAAGAUAGUCACGGCACGGCGUUCAAGGGAAAAGGCAUGUCGACUUCAUCCCGUAACACGUCGCAACUAUGAAUGUUGCCAAAGUGCGGUCUUAUUUUAAGACGGGAGCAAAGAUUUAGAAGAUGGAUUCAGAACAGUCGGUGAACUCCUCCCACCCGUCCCCUCCGGCUGAAUGGGCCACGCCCACCUUCACCCGCGCUGCGCAGGUCAGGGUCGGCGCCACGUUUGUCCUCUUCGUCUUCGCCGCCUGCAGCAACCUGGCCCUGUUGAUCAGCGUGUGGCGGGGCCGCGGCCGACGCUUGGCCUCCCACCUGCGCCCGCUCAUCAUGAGCCUGGCGUCGGCAGACCUGAUGAUGACCUUCGUGGUGAUGCCGCUGGACGCCGUGUGGAACGUGACGGUGCAGUGGCGCGGCGGCGACGUGCUGUGCCGGCUGCUGUCCUUCCUCAAGCUGUUCGCCAUGCAGUCGUCCGCCUCCAUCCUCGUGGUCAUCAGCCUGGACCGCCAGCACGCCAUCCUACACCCCCUGGACUCGCUCAGCGCCCACCACCGCAACCGGCGCAUGCUGGGCCUGGCCUGGAGCCUGAGCUUACUGCUGGCCUCACCGCAGCUGUUUAUAUUCGGGGCGCUGAAGGCUGAAGGAGUGGACUUCACGCAGUGUGUUACACACGGCAGCUUCCCCCGGCGUUGGCAGGAGACCCUCUACAACAUGUUCCACUUCGUUACGCUCUACGUCGUCCCCCUGUUGGUCAUGGCCUGCUGCUACUCCCGAAUCCUCCUCCACAUCAACCGCCAGCACCAGCAGAACAAGGCCGGAGAGUCAUACCUGAGGCGCAGCGGAACAGACAUGAUCCCCAAGGCUCGCAUGAAGACCCUGAAGAUGACCAUCAUCAUCGUGAUGACCUUCAUCGUGUGCUGGACUCCGUACUACCUCCUGGGCAUCUGGUACUGGUUCCAGCCCCAGAUGCUGGCGGUGACGCCGGAGUACGUCCACCACGGGCUGUUUGUGUUCGGGAACCUCAACACCUGCUGCGACCCCAUCAUCUACGGCUUCUACACGCCCUCCUUCAGGGCCGACCUGAGCGCCUGCUGCUGCUGCCCCGCCCCCAGCGACGCCGGGGCCUCCCCCAGGUCUCUGGACCGCCUCUCCGCCCGACAGCAACCCCACAGCGGGGAGCCCGACUCGGACCCAGCCAGCGCCCACCACACAUAGGGCUGCUGGGGGC